CGCUUGUCCAUGAAUCCUUGCAACCUGCUUCUCGUCCUGCGGGACGUCGACUUUGCACCUCCACGCUAAUCUUCCCAUUGAUGUUGCAGCUUGCCAAAAGUUCUUGGAAGCUUCAUUUAGAAAUAUUCGAAGAGGAAGCUGCUCCACUUUUUCCAAAGAAAGAUUAUGGCUCUAGCGUCCAGUUCGAGAUUGGCGGCCUUCAUUUCUGAUGUUCACUACAGGCUCGUUGAAACAGUCACAGAAAAAUAAUUUUAGUUGCACUCUCCGACGUACUGAUGGCUCAUUGGAGCUUUUGAAGCUUCCAUCCGCCUCUAAUCAUGUAGAGGUCCGCUGGGUAAAAUCGUAUGAUGUCCGGUGCUCCUGUUUCAAAACAAAUGCAGAAUCAAGCUUCACCACGAAUGCUUGUCUACGUCCUAGUAUUCCUGAUACUGAAGACAGCUCCCUCUCUCUGCGAGACAAUCAGCUAGGCAAUCCCCCAGAAUUGGUAAACAGGGAGGAGAAGGAUAUUAGGACUCGAGCAGCAUUGAACGGUAGUUCAUCAAAAGUUAAUCGACGGAGAACGAUGUUGGCUUCUCUGGCAGCCUUCGAUGUUAGUUGCUCGUGUUGUAAAGCGUCCAUGGCUGAAGAGUGGAGCUAUGGAGGUCCUUCUGGAGCUUCAAAAUGGAGUGGUACUUGUUCCAUUGGUGCACGACAAUCACCCAUUGACGUGCCCAUCAAAAAGGCACAGUACGAGGAGGCUUUGGAAGAGUUGCUGAUGGAUUACAAAAUGAGCACCCCUACUUUCAAAAACCCAGGCCAUGGCACAAUGGAGGUCCACUUUCCGGAAGGAGUGAACAAGCUUCGGAUCAACGAAAGAGAGUUCAAUUUGGUGCAGUUCCACUUUCACGCCCCAUCAGAGCACGCAUUUGAUGGAAUUCGCUUCCCUAUGGAGGCUCACUUGGUGCAUCGGGAUCCAGUGACCAAGGCUUAUGCUGUUGUUGGAGUUAUGCUGGAUGCUGCCCCUGGUGGUAAGUCAAAUAGCGCCCUCGCUGCAGCUCUCAAGUACUCGCCCUUGGAACGCGGAAAAGCUUUGACUGAACCGAAAAUACAGAUCUCUGCUAAUGACCUUCUUCCUCCGAAGGAAAUGAAGAAUGACAGGCGAUAUAUACAUUACAUGGGCUCUUUCACUACGCCGCCGUGCAGUGAAUCCGUUGACUGGUUUCUCCUCAAGAACCCCUUGAGAGUGCCAGCGACUGAUAUCCUGGAAUUCAUGAAGUUUGCGGGCGAUGAGCAGACUCUGGCUAUGAAUGCGAGACCGAUUCAGCCACUGGGGGAUCGAAGAAUCUUUGAAGGGCCAUACACACUGAAAAAUCAGUAGAUUUCCGGAUGUUGAAAGUCGCCUGAUCUUUCUACAAAUGCCUGUGGAUUCCAAUCAAGCUUUAUAAAAACACCAGGAUGUCAUCGAAAUUGAGAAGACAAGAUUCUUCUAAAGCUACCUGUGCAUCAAUGACACUAAAGCAUAAUUCUCUUCUAUUAGGGUCUCAUGUUCAAGUUUUAGGAGAAAGUCCACGUAAGAAGGGAUUAAAGUCAUUCAUUUUCUUGAUAUCUAUUAAGUGCAGUGGAUCACCGUGCCAGAUUUUGGAUAUGUAGGUCGGGGUUUGAAUCCUUUUGUGGUUAGUACUCACUGAGUUCUCGUUAAGCAGUACAACAGCCAUGUCUUCUUCUUCUUUGUUAAUUUUGUUUUAUUCUAUUAAAUUAAAUUAACUUUUGUUUUGAUGAUAAAAUGGUUCUA